CUUCGUUUGGCUGUACCACGGAAAGCCAGCGAUGCUCGAUCUGAAGGAAACAUCGAGCGGCGCCGUCGGCGCGAUCUGCAAUGUGUACUCGGGCCUGCCCUUCGAUGUGGCCAAGGUGCGCCUCCAGACGACGUCCGAGUACCGGGGCCUUGUCCACUGCAUCGUCCGAACGGUACGGGAGGAAGGCAUGAGGUCGAUGUGGAAAGGAGCGACCCCAGCCCUGUCGAGUGCAAUCAUUGAGAACUCGGUCCUGUUCACCGCCCACGGCGCGUUGCGUCGACUGUACUUUGGCCAGAACUGUUCUACGACAUUGCUGGAUGAAGCAUUGCUGGGAAGUGCCGCCGCUGUGUUCUCGGCAACCGCCAUUACGCCGGCCGAAGUGAUCAAGUGUCGAUUGCAGACGUCGCAUACGCCGUCCUUGGGUGUGCUUGCGUGCAUCCGCCAAGUCGUCGCUGAAAACGGCGUCAAGGGGUUUGGUGCCGGGCUCCCCGCGGUUCUCCUGCGCGAUGUCCCGUUCAACUUUGUGUUUUUCGGCGCGUACGAGCUGUACACGUCGACGUUAGCCAGUUUGUGGAGAGAUGACGACUUGACAUCGCCAUCGACAUCCAGGCGUACCUUGCAUCCCCUGGCCGUGCUGGCGUGUGGUGGCAUGGCCGGCGCCACGGGGUGGAGCCUCAUUUUCCCCGCGGACGUGGUCAAGUCGUAUAUGCAGGUCGGCAACCAGGUGACAUUUCGGCGGGCGUUCCUGACGGUGUGGCAGACGCAGGGCGUGCGAGGCUUCUACCGUGGAUGGAGUGCCGCCGUCCUGCGGUCGUUUCCAGCAAACGGGUGCCUGUUUUUGGGCGUAGAGAUGACUCAUCGCGUGUUUGACCAAGUCCAGCCAGACUCGAACGAUUGGGGAAUCGCUUGAACGAGCGGCGAAAUCCUCUCAUAUUUAAUGGUGGACUGAAUCGAUCUUGCACAUGUGCUUGCCUGAA